UGCGCCCCGGCGUCCUCGCGGGCCCGGCGCGCGCCCCUCGCCUCGCGCCCUCGGUCACAGUGGGGCCCGGUCCGGUCCGGGUCCCGGUGAGACCCCGGCCCAGGCCGCGCCCCGUGGCCGUCUCCGCGCCCUCGCGACAGUCUGGAGGAGGAGGAGCAGGAGGAGGCCCGAGUGUCGCCCGUCAAUGCAUCACCGCGAGGCAGCCCAGGAUGAAGAAGGCGAGCAGGACCGCCACCUCAGCGCCCAAGCCGCCGGGGACAGCUAAGAGCAAGCUGGACGGCCCCACGGGGGCCAAGCUCCCCAAGUCCGGCUCAAGCUUGCUGACCAAGGCCAAAAGCAACGAUGACCUCCUGGCUGGCGUGGCUGGAGGGGCCCCAGGGACAAGCAGCAUGAGAGGGAAGAAGCCCUGCCCGGCGGCAACCCCUGCCCCCAGCGUCCUCGCCGCGAGCGCCGCCGAGGGCAAGCCCAAGCCCGGCGCAGGGGCCAACUCCAAAAGAAACACGUCCAUAGCAGGGCAAGAGCCCGGCUCGCCGAGGCACUUGAGGCAGCUCCAUCUGAGCCUGAGCAGAGGCGCCCGGGCGGGCAAAUUUAGCGACCCAGCGCUGGCCGACAAGCGCUCCCACUUGUGUGCAGGCGCCGAGACCGACGUCUUGUAGGCAAGUCCCAAGUCAAACCAGAUCAGCGAUAGGCUGGAGGCCAGGUGCAGGACCUGGGGCUGGCCAGGAGCCAGGACUGGAAUCGUCCACCUGCAGAAUGAGCUGCGGGCCAUGCGGGGGCAGCUGGGGCUGCGGGAGGAGCCCCCGGAGGGCACCGCCCACACCGAGCCCACCUUGCUGCAGCUCCAGGACCAGAACGCCAGCGUCCACCAGAAGCUCAACCAGCUGAAGAACGAAAACCGGAUGCUGAAGGACCGGCUGAACGCCCUGGGCUUCUCGCUCGAGCAGGGGCUCGAUCCCAGCCUGGCCGUUGGGCUGAUCCUGAGCCCUGAGGCCUGCGGCGCGGCGGCGGCGGCAGUCGAGGAUCUUGGGCACACACCUGGCCUCCUCGGCGAGGCCAUUGCCAGGGCUCCCUGGGACCUGCGACCUCGGGCAGGCGGCUCCCAUGGGCGCCCUCAGGCGUCCCUGUUAGCCUGGACAGCGGUGCAAUGGUCACCACCAGCCACUGACGUCAGUGGCCCUGGGCGUCAGGGCCUCCUUCCCUCGGCGUCGUCCUCUGUCUCGGGAGGCCGAGGGCGGGCGCAGGCGGCCUUGGCCAGGCGGGCAGAGCGGGCCUCGGUGGCGUGCCUGACGGAGCGCCUGCAGCAGAAUGGGGAGCAGCGGCCUUGCGUCGGGCUCAGGCCGCAUGCGGGAGCUGGCGGACCUGCGCCCAGAUCGCAGGAGCUGGGGGUGAGCAGGCGCCUCGGCGGGAGGCGGCUGCUGCUGCAGUCCCUGUGCCAGCAGAGCGAGCGCCUGGAGCUCCCUGGGCCAGCGCCAGCGCUCACGCUUCCUGGAGAUGAUGGAGGCAGCGGCUUUGGUAACGAGCAGCUGCUGGGUGUGCAGCAGCACCUCAGCGCCGCCCUGCAGAUGGCCGAGCAGGAUAACAAGGCAGGAACUCGCUGGCGUAAGGGCGCAACACUCCACAUGGAGCGGGCCCUGGAGGCUGAGCAGAAGAACGGCGCCUCCCUGACCGCUGCUCUUGAGCAACACCAGGCCACCGUGGCUGGAGACCAGCUGGAGCUGGGCCGCCUGCGCGCCCAGCUGGAGAGCGAGAAGCAGCGCGUGGCCGAGCUCUAUCUCCACAGCUCGGGGGACAAGUCCGACAUCCAGGACCUCUUGGACGGCGUGCGUCUGGAAAAGGACAAGGCCGAGGCCCUGGCCAGUGGCCUGCAAGAGGACCUGAGCCACGCCCGGGCCGAUGUCGCCCGUCUACAGGACGCCAUCGCUAAGGUCCAGGAGGAGUACGGAGGCUUCCAGGAAGAGGCCCAGAAGAAGAUGGCAGAGCUGAACCUGGAGUUAGAGAAACUGCGCUCCGAGCUGGAGGAGAAGGAGACGGAGCGGGGGGACAUGAAGGAGACCAUCUUUGAGCUGGAGGACGAGGUGGAGCAGCAUCGCGCUGUGAAGCUCCACGACAACCUUGUCAUCUCCGACUUGGAGAGUGAGCGCCUGCUGGGGGGCAGGGGGAUGGGGGGCGGGGGGAGGGGAAGUAGCAGCCGCCAUGGCCCGCCUUCUCCCUGGGGAGGAACAGCCUCUCCCUGGGGGUCAGCUGUGCACGGGCACGGGGCUUCUGGCCCCCACCGGGCUUGGCCAGGGGUCUCACGGGACCACACCCCUCCCCUCCAGGAGGAGUCGGCCGAGUGGCGGCAGUUCCAGGCCGACCUGCAGACGGCCGUGGUCGCCAUGUGACAUCAAGUCGAGCUUAGGAGGAAGGUGGGGGACGCAAGCGGGCGGCUCAGGAGGCGCAGGAAAAACGAGAAGCUCUCAAGGGCUGGAGGCUCAGUCCAAGUAGGGGGCACAGCUGGGGACUCCCAACCUCUGAGGCGGGGUGGAGGCCAGGAGAGGCGAGGUCAGCAGGAGGAGGCGGGCAUGUUACAAUUACAUGGUGCGGUGGAAAGGCCUGGCACCCUACUUCAGGAGCAUGAGGGCAUGAGCAGGCGUCGUCCAGCGUCCUCCGGCCCACCACCCCGAAGGCAGCUCAUCAAGUCGUUCGACAGUGCAUCCCAAGGACCGAGCCCCGCCCCUGCCACUGCCAUACUCGGGCAGCCCCUGAGGCCGAGGAAAUUGACGGGCAUACCAUUGGUCAUUUCAGAGACACUCGGUGGCGCUCCACCCACGCCAAACCCUCCGCCCUGUCGGGACAAGAGGCCUUCUGGAGAUCUGCCCUGCGGGCGCCUGUUACGCACCGGCUCGGUCAGCAGGCCGGCCCCAUUGCUGAGGGUCCCCGCCAUGGAGGGCGCCAAGUCCAUCUCAGCAUCUUCCCGCCGAAGCAGCGAGGAGAUCAAGCCCGACGGCCCGUCCGCGGCCUCCCUGAUGGCCAUGGGCCCCACGUCCCCCCAGCUGUCUCACCCCUCCCCCACGGCCUCCGUCACGCCCACCGCCCGCAGCCGCAUCAGGGAGGAGAGGAAGGAUCCGCUGUCGGCCCUGGCCCGGGAGUACGGCGGCUCCAAGAGGAACGCGCUGCUGAAAUGGUGCCAGAAGAAGACCGAAGGGUACCAGAACAUCGACAUCACCAACUUCAGCAGCAGCUGGAACGAUGGCCUGGCCUUCUGCGCCCUCCUGCACACCUACCUGCCCGCCCACAUCCCCUACCAGGAGCUCACCGGCCAGGACAAGAGGAGGAACUUCUCCCUGGCCUUCCAGGCGGCCGAGAGCGUUGGCAUCAAGUCCACGCUGAACAUCUGCGAGAUGGUGCGGACCGAGCGCCCGGACUGGCAGAGUGUCAUGCAGUACGUGACGGCCAUUUACAAAUACUUUGAGACCUGAAGCCCCAGCCUGGAGCCCUGGCGGGGACGCCCGACCGCCCCCCUCCCCUGGCCUCGGCCCUCGCCGGGACUCGCACCCAGGGCCGGCCCGGACACCCGCGUGCCUUGGAGCCGAAUCUCGCCGCAGACCCGCUGCUCGGGAAGCCCAGAGGGAGGGGGUGCCGGCGUCACGCCCACCGCGUCAAGCUCGGAGACGCCCAGAAGCCUCCGGGCCCACUCCCCGGACUCCCCGCUUAGCUCGGAGUUGAGCGCCCGUGGGACCCAAUGGGGAACAGUUUCCGCUUCCUGCCAUGGGGGCCUGAGCCUCAGGGCGGGUCCUCCAGGGGCCCAGCUCCUAGUCCUGGCCACCUGGCUCGUCCUCCUCCCAAAGUUCAGCAGCCAUCAGGGCCCAGCCAGCCCCAGAAGGCCCGGGUCAGGAGGAUGGGAAGGGAGAAAAGGGAAAACCGUCCAGGAGCUCAGGGUCUG